AUGGCGGAGAGGAGCAAGACCGCAGAUACUGGUAGUGACAUAGGAAUAGAUGAAAUUAUAACAGGAAACUUAAGCAAGUACCCUGUAGUUCCACCAGGUUACUAUGGACAGCCAAAAAAGGGACACCUUUUAUUUGAUGCCUGCUUUGAAAGCGGCAAUCUUGGGCGUGUGGACCACAUUACUGAUUUUGAGUAUGACCUGUUCAUCAGGCCAGACACAUGUAAUCCUCGUUUUCGAGUCUGGUUUAACUUUACAGUUGAAAAUGUGAAAGAAUACCAGAGGGUCAUUUUCAACAUUGUCAACUUCAGUAAAACAAAAAGCCUCUAUCGGGAUGGAAUGGCUCCAGUGGUAAAAUCCACAAGCAGGCCUAAAUGGCAAAGGCUGCCGCCUAAAAACGUGUAUUACUACCGCUGUCCUGAUCACAGGAAAAACUAUGUUAUGUCAUUUGCUUUUUGCUUUGAUCUGGAGGAGGAUGUUUACCAGUUUGCUUACUGCUACCCAUACACAUACACUCGGCUUCAACACUACCUUGAUAAUCUACAGAAGAGGAAUAUGGACUACUUUUUCAGAGAGUUUCUGGGAUGUAGUGUGCAACAGCGGAAACUUGACCUCUUGACUAUAACCAACCCUGUAAAUCUUCGCCCUGGAGUAGAACAGAAAGUGGUAUUUAUUACAGCUCGUGUCCAUCCAGGGGAAACACCAUCAUCUUUUGUGUGCCAAGGUAUAAUUGAUUUUCUUGUCAGCCCACAUCCAAUUGCUAAAGUACUGCGAGAUCAUCUGGUCUUCAAGAUUGCGCCUAUGCUUAAUCCAGAUGGAGUUUAUCUGGGUAAUUACAGGUGUUCUCUAAUGGGCUUUGAUUUGAAUCGACACUGGGUAGAUCCUUCUCCUUGGGCGCAUCCCACGCUACAUGGUGUCAAGCAGCUUAUAGUUGAGAUGUACAACAAUCCGAAAAUUAGCCUGGAAUUUUAUAUUGACAUCCAUGCUCACUCAACUAUGAUGAACGGCUUUAUGUAUGGGAACAUUUUUGAAGAGGAGGAACGAUUUCAGAGACAAGCUAUUUUCCCCAAGUUGCUCUGUCAGAAUGCUGAAGACUUCUCCUUUUCUAGCACCUCUUUCAAUCGAGACGCUGUUAAGGCAGGGACAGGACGUCGUUUCCUCGGUGGCUUACUGGAUGACACCUCUUACUGCUACACACUGGAAGUCUCCUUCUAUAGUUACAUAGUUGGAGGUACAACUUCUACAGUCCCAUAUACAGAAGAAUCAUAUAUGAAAUUAGGAAGGAAUGUGGCCAGAACUUUCUUGGACUACUAUAGACUAAACGCCAUCUCAGAGAGACCUUUGGCUCCAAUCUCAAGCACAUGGAAGGAAAAAGCAUUCUGUCACAGAUAUGGCUACAAUCAGGGUCCAGGCAAUAACCAAGCUGCCAGCAAGCCAGAGAAGAAAACCCAGGCAAGUCUUAAGGACCACAUUCACUCACCAUGA